AUGUCUCAAGAUUCAAGCUAUUAUGCCCCACCACCCAUGACAGCUCCGGCGCAUAUAACCUCAUUUUCACAAUCGCUUGCGGCUCCCUACUAUCCACCACCGCCAAAGCAGCCUUCAAAUGGAGUAUAUACCCCAGCCACUCCACCAGCAGAGAGCCCCCAACCCCAUCGACAAACCCCAAGUAGGGAAUAUGCAGCCCCUCCGACGUCGGCGAGCCCGCCCCAGGACCCAAUCGCCUACAACCAAGCCGCUUUCAAUUACAAUAACACUAUUGGAAGGCAGCCAGUGAGUCCGCCUCAGCAAGAUCCAAUCGCCUACAACCAAGCAGCCUUCAAUUACAAUAACACUAUUGGAAGGCAGCCAGUGAGUCCACCUCAGCAAGAUCCAAUCGCCUACAAUCAAGCGGCUUUCGAACAAAAUCAUGCCAUUGCAAUGCAAACAGUGUCUGGAGGAACCCCAGAACAUGCUUCAGAACAUGGAGAACUCACUGGGACAGGUGGAAUGAACCAAGAUGAUACUGGAGUCUUCAAUGGUGGAAGUUACAGGAUCAGCCACCGAGAUAGCAACUCUGUCUUGACCGUACAGCUGGCAAUGGGCUGUCCUUUGAAUAUCAGACCUGGUGCCAUGAUUGGAAUGUCUACAACGAUCACAUUGAGGGGAACUAUCUCGUUCUCAUGGAAGAAACUCCUCAUUGGGGGCAGCAUGACUAUGUCCCACUACACCGGUCCUGGUGAGCUCCUGCUGGCACCUUCCAUGCUGGGAGAUAUUAUAGCCCUCCACGUAGACGAACCAAAGGAAUGGAAAAUCGGACGCGACGCCUUGCUUGGAUAUACCGCUGGUAUCGGGCAUAAGCACCAGUCCCAAGGUCUAUCCAAGGGUAUGUUCUCCGGUGAGGGAUUCUUCAUCUACAAGAUCACAGGAAGUGGGAUCCUUUGGAUGCAAAGUUUUGGUGCAAUCAUCCGGAAAGAUCUUGAUGAAGGCAUGAGCUACUUCGUCGACAAUGGCCACCUUGUGGCUUGGGACUGCAAGUACAAGAUGGAACGUGUGGCCUCUGGCGGUAUCGUCUCCGGCGUUACCUCUGGCGAGGGUCUUGCUUGCAGGUUUACGGGGCCUGGAACUGUCUACCUACAGACCAGAAACCUGAAUGCCUUUUCUGCCCAGAUGAAGUUGAGUGCUGCGAAGGGUGGUUAA